UGUGACAGUAAUUCAUGUUUGGCUCAAGCCACAAAACAUUGUUGUUGUAAUUGUUUAUAGGGAUAAUUAGAAUGGAAUCCGAAAGUGAUUUCUCUCAUUCUAAAAUAAAAGGUCUUUCAAGAGAGGAGACAAAAGUAUUGCUCUCCUUAAUUGAGGGGAGCAAAGUAAUCAACAAUAGAAAGACCAAUGCCUCCACGAACAGAAAGAAGACAGAGGAAUGGGACCGCCUCACUGACACGUUCAAUGCCACAAUUCCUAGUACCUGUCGCCGCACGCCACAACAACUGCGUCUCAAAUGGGAGAAUCUAAAGAAAAACGCAAGAAAGCGCAGUACUCAAAUAAGGAUGGCACGGCUCAAAACUGGAGGCGGACCACCUGUCUACUUCCCUCCAGACGAGGUUCUAGAUCGGGUCUCAGCCUUGCUAAGUUCAGCAGGGGAGGGCCUAAAUGUCAGUCUUGGUGGUGACGCAGUCAUGUCAGACAAUGGCGACAAUUCUGGUGAUGUAAGUGAUGGUGGCGAGAAUGGCCCCAAAACUACCCAUGUAUAUCUUAAUAACAAUGCAACAACAAAUGAAAAUGAACCCAGUACAUCAAAAACCGGCAAUGAAGAAAUGGAUGAUGUUCUGCAGACAAUUCUGAAAAAACUUACAGACACAAGUGGUGGUGUGAAGCGCAAAUCAACUUCAGUAGAUGGGACCCUAGCGAGAAAUACUGCCAUAGCAGAAUAUUUUAUUACAAAAAAGAAGUUGCUAGAAAUCAAAAUUGAAAGCAAAAGUUUAGAAAAAGAAAAAACAUUUUUAGAUAAUGAAAGAACAAAAAUAGAACUUGAAAGGUUUAAAUUAGAAAACGAGAGAUUUAGACUAGAAAAUAACAAUCUUAAGUUGGAAAAUGAAAACUUGAAGUUAGAAAACAGUAGACUAAAACAUUAUUAGGAAAUGCAUUUUAAAUAUUGGUAAUAGUACAAGUAAAAGUUGUGGUGAAGCCACUAAGCAGUGGUUAAAGCAUCUGCCACUCAGGUACAAGCAACUUUACAAAUCAGGCAAGUACCAGUGAGUACUUUUAGUCUGUAUGUAGCUAAUUAGACAGAAGAAAAGUUGAGGAAAUCGCAAAUCCACUUUGAGCAAGCAGUUUGAGGGUUUGUGCAUUAACACUCAUUUCUUCUCUGUAUGAGAUGUUGCUAGUGUAGUGGGACAAUAAAAAGGCUGAUGAAAAUGUAGCCUCUUGGGAUUGAAAGAGCCUGCAAAGGCUGUUGGCCAUUUUUUUUCUUUUACCAAUGGUAGAGUUAUAUUGUUUGCCUCCACACCAAGCCCAAAUUACUUGGGAACAGGGUAGGAAGAAUUUUAUAUUUUGUGUUAAGAAAUAUGAUGAUAUUGUAAAUAAAGUUGACAUUCAAUAUAAAUAAA